AGGAAUUCGUUAGCUCAUAUUUCUAACUAUGAACAGACUCGGAAUAUUUAUCUAGGGAGGGAAGUGUCAUGUCCGGUAGACAAAUACAAGUUAUAAUGCUGAUUUGAUAUUCGUCAUCUGGCGCAGUUUUAGAUUCCUUCGAGAUCUGCUUCUGAUCCUCACUCGAAAUUAAAGUAACUGCACAAAGAAUUAUGGGUAUACUCUCAAAUGGAAGUUCGAUCGCCCUUGCCAUUAUCCUUUUCAGCCUUCUGCAUCUUGCUGCUGAGAUCCAAACUACUGCUGCACUGAUGGUGGAAAAGAAUAAAUUCUCGUUUGAUGAAGGGUUUCAUCAGACGGCAAUUGACGACUACUUUAAGUUUGAAGGUAAAGCAGGUAUUGGGCUUGGAGCCCUGCAGAUAACUCCAGACACAGCCAACGAUGCCUACAGCCUCUUCAACACUUCCGGCCGCAUUAUGUUUAGUCGACCUUUCAGGCUCUGGUCCGAUGAUUCCCAGGCUUCCUUCAACUCGACCUUUGUCAUAAACAUUUUCAGGAUCAAGGCCGAGAAUUGGACUGUCGGUCAGGGCCUUGCCUUUCUCAUAGCGCCGAAUACCUCCAUGCCUGCAGCAAGUGAAAGGGAAUGGCUUGGCCUCACCAAUGAAGACACCGAUGGUAACAGCACCAACCAGAUCGUCGCCAUAGAAUUCGAUACCCAAAAGCAAGUCUAUGAUCCCGACGACAACCACAUCGGCCUUGACAUCAACUCUGUUAAAUCAAACACAAGUGUCUCUCUCGAUGAUCAUGGUAUCAGAUUAUCCCCUGAAGACGCUACUAAUUACAGCGUCUGGGUCGACUACAAUGGCUCGUCCAUGCUGAUGGAGGUUUACAUGGUGAAAGAAGGAGAACCCAAGCCUAGGUUUCCCCUUCUCAACGAGACCAUAAACCUGAAAGAGUACGUCAAAGACGAAUCCUACUUUGGGUUUGCAGCUUCUACAGGCUAUCCGAAUAUUCAGCUUAAUUGUGUCUUGAAAUGGAGUUUAUGGGUACAAGAUCUACCCGAGAAAAGAGAUUUGACUUGGUUGAAGAUAGGUGCUGGGGUUGGAGUUCCGGCGGUGAUAUUGUUGAUCCUACUCGGUGUGAUAUAUGUGAACAAGAGAAAACGAAGCAGAGUCGAGGAGUCCAAUGUUUUUGACGAGCAGUUGAAAUCGUUGCCUGGAAUGCCAAGAGAAUUCAAAUACAGGGAAAUCAAAGAGGCCACCAACAACUUCCAUGAGAGCAUGAAGCUUGGUGAAGGUGGAUUUGGCAUUGUUUACAGAGGGAUUCUGAAUCUUAAGGAUCAUAAUACUGAUGUUACUGAAAUAGCUGUCAAGCAAUUCGUCAGAGACAACAUCAAAAGCAAAGAUGAUUUUUUGGCUGAGCUCACCAUUAUUCACCGGCUUCGCCAUAGACAUCUCGUCCGCUUAGUUGGGUGGUGCUACGACGAAGGGAAGCUACUACUAUUGUAUGACUUCAUGCCAAAUGGUAGUCUUGAUAAGCACCUCUAUGAUGCUUCCAAUCGGAAAACCUUAAACUGGGAACGCCGACAAAGGAUUCUAGUAGGUGUAGCGUCUGCUUUGCAUUAUUUGCACAAUGAUUAUGAUCAGACGGUUGUGCACCGCGACCUCAAAGCCAGCAACAUCUUGCUGGACUCCGAAUACAAUGCUCGCCUGGGUGAUUUUGGCCUUGCCCGAGCCUUGGAUAAUGACAAGAAUUCAUAUGCUGAACUAGGACUGGGGGGAGUCGCGGGCACCAUGGGCUAUGUUGCUCCUGAGUGUUUUCAUACAGGGAGGGCUACAGCUGAAUCUGAUGUGUUCAGUUUUGGAGCUGUGGUGCUCGAGGUCGUGUGCGGCAGAAGUCCUGGGAUUCCUAUCCGUUACCACCAGCAUGAGCAUUGCUCCUUGGUUGAUUGGGUUUGGAUUUUCCAUAGUAAAGGCAGCAUUCAAGAAGCUGUAGAUGAGAGGCUCAGCAACAACUAUGUGGUCGAUGAAGCAAAGAGACUUUUACUUCUAGGGCUCGCAUGUUCACAUCCGGUUGCCAGUGAGAGGCCUCGGACGCAGGCUAUAUACCAGAUUAUAACAGGAGCCAUGCCACCCCCUCUUGUACCUCCAUUUAAACCUGUCUUCACAUGGCCUUUAAUGGGAACUCCAUACAGCAACACUGAGAGUACAACUUCUACUACAACAGUGUCUUGCAAAGGUUGUUCUGACACCAAUAUGAAGAGUAACAUCCAGAUGAGCUCGAGCACCUCCCAGAGUUUCAAGUCUGUGAGCCCCUGUACUCCGUAGGCACCCUCGUUUGCAUUGAAAUGGGAUGCUUUUGAAAAGAUAUCUGCAUUCCUGAUACACUACAUCAUAUCAAUUUGGUCUAUCCAGCGGAACUGAUAACACUAGAGAUUAUGCAGGAUGCAAUAGUCAAGAGUGGGGGCUUAUAUAACCCACCACGGGGUUUUCUGUUAUGAUUAAUGAAUGCAGGAUAAUCAGUGACUUCAUCAAUCCGCCUCCCCAUUACCUUUACCAGAAACCUAAUCCGAGGCUCUUAAGGAAUUUCGGAUGCUCUUGAUGAGAAUUGGAAGAAAACCAUUUACCAAAGCUGCUAUUUGCUCAGCUCCAAACCCACAUCUAUUUAGAUAAGCAAAGUGGGCCUUAGCACCUCGUUCACAUCUCCACAAAGAACUUCAGAGAAGUUCAUUGCCAUUGUGUGAUGAUCAUGCUCCGAAAGACCUACCGACUUAAAAAAUUCUGAAGUAGGACGUAGCCUUUUAUCAAAGCUAUGGCCAUAAACAGGUUUUUUGCCAGAACUUUGCGAACCAUCCCAUCUCUGGCAAGGCCAAGAGUAGCAAGAAAGUCCACUAUCUCGGUCAGCUUCGAUUCAAUGCUGUAGCUGAUGAGCCUUGGAUUGGGCAAUAUCAUCUUGCCAAGUUGCUUUUUGGGGACACCAAGUUCCUGAAAGAAUUUCAGAAGUGGACAUAACUUCUCUUCCACGCCAUGGGAGAGUAUGUGACAGAAUUUGGCAAUGGCGGAAGCAACAUCAUGGGGUUUUGUAUCGAGUGUAGAGAGGCACUCAACCAUGGGAACAAGCUUCACAUAGAGACCCAGUGUAAGUACCUUGGGGCACUUUGAAACAACUGAAAGGAGCUCUCAUGAAUGUCAUUGCUUUUAAGGUAAGCCCAGUUCUGGGAGGCUUUCUCCCCUUGUCCGCCCUCAAGGCGCUUGCACUUUUUGAACAUUUCAUCGAUGCUUUUAUCAUCCAAACCUCUCUCCCUUAAGAACCAAAUGAUGCUAUCACCACGUUGACUGCUGCAUAUUUCCAUAUUCCCCAACAAGAUUUGACAUCUCUUAUUUAGAACAAUGGACGCUAAAAAAAAAUUAUAUUUGUUGAACGAACAUAAAAAUUGGUGGGUUGUAUAUAUUUUAAAGAAUUUCCAUAGGUGCAUAGCAAAGGAUCUAAAGAGGGUAACAGAAGAAUCAUCAUGCUAAUUGGCUCGUAUAUUUUGAAAACAGUGGAAAUAAUUAUUUGAAAGGUGACCCCAAGCAUAACUUAAUAUUACUUAAUACAUACUUUGCAAACAGUGGGGAGUUUCCUCCAAAUCCACUAUACACUGAUGAUCUAACCAGAGCAUUUUUAGCGAGUGUAUGAGCUAUUACAUUGCCAUCUCUGUUAAUGUGCUUAGUAACACAAACAUCAAACUAAUUAAUUCUUGAUCUUAUAUCAGAAAUGAUCAUUCCAAAAUAGCUUUCAUAUGGUGCAUGACCUAAUACAUACUUUGCAAGGCCCACAAAUUUGACGAUGCCAAAUGGAUUUUCAGGAAAAUGCAAAAUAAUGGCAUUUCUCCAAAUGCAUUCUAGAUCUCAUUUCGAUUCAAAGAGUGUUUUAUCUUAUAUCAUCUAAUCAUUAUAAUUU